AUGGGUGACAUUCUCGAACAGGCGGCGCCGCCGCACAGUCUUUUCGACACGAUCCUGGUUCUCGACUUUGGAAUCCUUCGUCGUCUCCGAAGCUUCAACGUCUACGCGGAGAUGCUCCCCUGCAACACGAAGCUUGCCGACUUGCCUUUUAAGCCUGUCGGAAUCAUUUUUUCGGGCGGACCGGCUUCCGUUUACGACGAAGGCAGCCCGCACGUUGAUCCCGCUGUCUUCGACCUCGGAGUCCCCAUCCUCGGAAUCUGCUACGGAUGCCAGGAGAUUGCCUGGAUCAGCAACCCUGAGAAUGUCAAGCGCGGAGAUGUCAGAGAGUACGGUCUUGGAACUCUCAACAUCCAGAAGGUCGGCGGCGCCAACCAUAUCGAUCUUCUUCUCUCCGACCUGGGCGGAGACACCACUGAAGUGAUCAACUCUCACUUUGACAAGCUUGUCAAGCUUCCCGAAGGAUUCGUCACAAUCGGAACUACGCGCAACAGCCCCUACGCCGCCAUUGCCCACCAGACCAAGAAGAUCUUUGGACUUCAGUUUCAUCCCGAAAUCAGCCACUCCGUCCGUGGAACUGAUAUCCUCAAGAACUAUGCUGUAAAGAUCUGUGGCGCUCGUCCUGAUUGGAAGAUGGCGGAGUUCAAGGAAACUGAGAUUGCCCGAAUUCGCAAGCUGGUUGGGGACCGCGCCCAGGUCAUCGGUGCCGUGUCCGGCGGCGUUGACUCCACUGUCGCUGCCCGUUUGAUGACGGAGGCCAUCGGCGACCGUUUCCACGCCAUUCUCGUCGACAACGGUGUCAUGAGACUGAACGAGUGCACCGAGGUUAAGGCGACGCUGAAGGAGCACCUCGGAAUCAACCUGACCGUUGUGGACGGAGCUGAUCUGUUCUUGGGCCGACUCAAGGGUGUUACUGAGCCCGAGAGGAAGCGAAAGACCUUCAUCGACCUCUUCGAGAAGGAGGCCAUCAGAAUUGAGGAGGAGGCGAAGCACACCGAGAACGCUGGGCCUGUCAAGUGGUUCCUUCAGGGCACCCUGUAUACCGACGUUAUUGAAAGUCUUAGCUUCAGAGGCCCAUCUCAUACCAUCAAGAGCCAUCACAAUGUCGGCGGUCUGCCAAAGCGCAUGACUGAGGGGUUCAAAGAUGAGGUCCGCGCCAUUGGUCAAAGUCUAGGCAUCCACCGCGACUUGGUAAUGAGGCAUCCUUUCCCUGGACCGGGUUUGGCCAUCCGAGUCUUGGGCGAAGUCACGCCCGAGCGCGUAGAGAUCUGCAGGAAGGCCGAUCAUAUCUUCAUUUCCAUGAUCAAGGAAGCUGGCGUUUACGACUCCAUGUCUCAAGCUUAUGCCGCCGUGGAUUCGACCAAGAGUGUGGGAGUGCAAGCCGUUUGCUCCGACGACUUCAUGAGCGCGGAGCCCUACGAGUUCGACUGGAAGUUGCUUCGUGAGAUUUCCAGGCGCAUCGUCAACGAGGUCGACGGCGUUUCCAGAGUGACCUACGACACUACCUCCAAGCCUCCUGGCACUAUCGAGAUGGAGUAA